UGAAGGCUUGAGAAUAUAAACAUGAGGAUGCUGGACAAUAUAGACAGGACUAUUUUUUCUUCUUCAGAAGCAAACUUAACCCAUAAAGGAAGAUACAUUUAUUUAGCGGUUUUGCUACAAGGAGGUCCUCCGUGGGGAUUUACUUUGAAAGGUGGACUGGAGCAUGGGGAACCAUUAAUCAUCUCCAAGAUUGAAGAAGGAGGGAAAGCAGAUUUAUUGAACUCUCAGCUGCAGCCUGGAGAUGAAGUGGUGAACAUCAACGAGGUGGAGCUCAGCAGUUCCAGGCAGAAAGCCAUCUCCUUAGUGAAAGGCUCGUGCAAGAAAUUGAAACUGCUUGUCCGCAGGGAUACCUUUGCAGCAAAAGGACAUACUGAGAUUACAGCUUCCCGUUCCCUCAGCUCAGAGUGCCUCAGGUCUGACUGGCAAUACAGCAAAACCCCAUGGCCUGCUGGAGUUAAACUGCGCUUAAAGAACAGACGAAGCGACCCUGUGGGCCGACCGCACUCCUGGCAUUCUGCCAAGUUCAUAGAGAACCAGCCCGAUCUCAGUAUGAUGCAAAUAUCUCCUGGCAUGAUUGGCACUCCUUGGCAUCAAGCCUACCAUUCCAGUUCCUCCACAAGCGAUCUCUCCGGCUAUGAGCAUGGCUAUUUAAGAAGAAGUCCUGACCAGUACAGCUCUAGGGGAAGCAUGGAGAGUUUGGACCAUACCCCUGCGGGGUAUAGCCAUCACCCCUGCCACCUUUCGCCAGCCAAAUCCACCAAUAGUAUUGACCAGCUUGCCCAUCUCCACAACAAGAGGGAUUCCGCGUACAGCUCUUUCUCAACCAGCUCCAGCAUUCCCGAAUAUCUGGCGCCCACGUUCUGCAAGGAGAGGUCCUAUUCCAUGGAGAACGUACAUUCCCGGGGCAGACCGCAAGAAGGGGGAAUGAGGCAGGCUGACAUCAGGUACAUUAAAACUGUCUACAAUGCCCAGCGAGGCGUUUCGGAGGAAUACGAAGUGAAGUCCUCUGCUCUUUCUCCAAGCUAUGAGUCCCAGGCUAAAGGAUACGGCUACAGCAGGUUGCAUGGCUACAACAAGGGCCUACCGACUCGGAGCUCGUCUGACAGCGAUAGCCACUAUAUGAAGGGCGCCCCCAUGCCACCGACUCGUAGUGAUAGUUAUGCAGCAACCAGGCACCACGAGAGGCCCAGCUCCUGGUCUAGCCUUGAACACAGGAAGUCCAGUAGGACUCACCCCAAAAGUGCUUGGCCUCACCUAGGCCAGGGCACCCCUCCUCCAGGGCAUCUCCAGAAACCUGCAUUCCUAGAAGGACAGCUCCACACUGUGAUGGAGAAGAGCCCAGAGAGCAGUCCCACCAUGAAGCCCAAACAAGUUUACUCGCAGGCAGCUCAGCCAGGGCAGCCUUUGCUUCCUACUGGUGUUUACCCUGUCCCUUCUCCUGAGCCCCACUUUGCCCAGGUUCCUCACCCUUCCUCAAGCAACAGCGGGAUGCUUUACCCAGCGCUUGCCAAAGAGAGUGGGUACGCACACGCCCCUGCGCCUUCUCCAUCCUCGUACGAAAACGUUGCAGCCUGCAGGCAGCAUGCCGGCUUGGAUGAGAACGGAAACCAAAGCCCGCCGAACAAGGCUGCCAUCUUCUACCAGCCUGAGUACGCGCCAGGGAAGAAGCAGGAGGUGGAAGACGCAGCCGCAAAGUUCGUCUUGUACAGGAUGCAUCCUGAAGCCUACCCCGCAUGUCCCAGGCAGGAUGAGUCGGCACCGCCGCAUAUGACAACAGCUUCAAUCCAGGAAAGUGCAAGAAACGCCCAGCACUCGAACCACAGCUCUCAGGCACGCCUGCCUCACCCGAGGGAUGUGAUUGACAGCAAAGCCCUCUGCCACUCAAAGGGGUAUGGGGCAGGAGAGCAGAAGGAAGAUAAGAAUGCAAACCUGCAGAGAGAUCCCACAGCUCAAAACCAGUGGAACCCCAGUAAAGCCAAGCAGCACUCUUUUUCCUCCUUGCAAAACAUCCCGGAGAGCAGCAAGCUGCAGAACAGCUCGGAUCUGAAGGAGGUACCACAGUGCAAGAGCUACUCCGGUGCCAAGUGGCAUUUUGUGAAUUACAGCAGCCAAGCGGAGAAGAUGUGUCAGGGGCAGAUCCCUGGGCACUGGCAGGAUGGCGAGUGGCACAGCUUAGAAGGGUACCAGGACACCAUUGCCGGCGCAGAGCAUUUCCAUGGGGUGGAGCCAAAGUACAAGGAGCCCUCUUCUCCGAUGGCCCCUAAGAUGUCAGACUUAAAUAUUCACCAGCCGGGUUCUAGCAACCUCCAGAACUCUCAGUAUGGGCAACUGGACUCUCGGAAGGCCCGGUGCUCUGUCCUGGAGAAGGUCAGCAAGAUAGAGCAACGUGAACAAGGCGGCCAGUGGCUGCAGAGUCUCAGCCCAAACAGUUUCAGCCAGAAUUUCAGCUCAGGCAAGCCCAACCUCAACCAUGUUGAGGACAUCCGAAAGAGGCGGAACUCUCAAGAGCAUCUUCACUUGCUAGGAGAUCAUAGCCGUCUGGCCAGCGCAAGGAGCUCAGACCCGGCCGCAUAUAUGCAACGCCCAAGUGAGAGUGGGGCUGGCAGGCCAGAGAGGGCGAAUUGGCAUGGUGCAGAGCAGCAGAUGGAGGCAGCAAGUGCUGCUGUGGUGGUGCCAGGAUGGCACAGCAUCUAUCAUCAGGCCGGGACCUCUGAAAGCGAGCCACCGAAACCGGCUGGGCAGCUUCCACAAAGCAGAAGUGCUUUCCAGUUGUCGGAGGAACGUGAGAGAGAAAUGUUGUGGAAGGGCAGCACCCAGGACUCGAACAGCUCGCAGCUAGACCUCCCUUUUAGCAGGGCUUAUAGGAACAGCAUCAAAGAUGCCCAGUCAAAGGUUUUGAGGGCCACCUCCUUCAGCCGCAAGGACCUCAACAUCAGCCCUCAGUGUGGGAAGGAGCCCAGAAGGAGUGUGCAAAGGCCGGCAUCAGCACAUGUUGGGAUGAGGAGCAUGGCAGCGUCUCCCCAUACCCCAAAGGAGAGGCAUAGCAUCACACCGACAGAGACCAAGCUGGAUUAUCCCAACAAAGAGAGUCUUCCUGCACCUCUGCACGUGGCACGCAUUGGGGGCAGGAGGCGCCUGAACCCCGACCAGAAAAAGAAGUCUUACUCCGAGCCAGAGAAGAUGAACGAAGUGGGUGUGUCUGACAGUGAGCUGUCGCCUUUCUCCCACCAGAAGAAAGCCCUCCAGUUUGUUUUCCCAGAGAGUACGGUGGCUGACCGCCGCAAGAUAUUUGAGAGGGAGAACAAGGCGUGCUCCACCAUCAAUCUUUCCAAGCCGGAGCUGAAGCAGCUGCAGCAAAACGCGCUGGCAGAUUACAUUGAACGCAAAACUGGGAAGCGGCCCUCUUCUGCAUCCCAAGACUCCAGCUUCCUGCAGGAGGGCUCUCAGUCCUCUUACACGCAAACAGGUGCCCAAGAGGGGCAAUCUCUUUCAUCCUCAUCCAGCAUGAAUUCUCUCCAGGACCAGAGUCUUUGCCAUCGCUGGGAGUCCCUGGAGCCGGUCUCUAGAGCAGGGCGUGGCUUUGCCACUCUUCCUCCUGGGCUUACAGGCUGCUUCGAUCCCAGCGGACCUGAGGGCAGGAAGGUGACCAGCAGCUCCUUUCCCAGUUGGCUGAAAGCAGACCGGCGUCAGGAUUGCAGAGCUGACCCAGAGCUCACCAAAAGCACCCAGACAGAUCUUGACGUGUGCACCAAGCCAUGCCACCUUAAUAACCAGGUUCAGGAGAAGAGGUCGGCACCCACCAAGAAGCCUGGGAAGUCGGCCUCUGCAGAGGACUUGCUGGAGAGAUCAGAAAACCAGGCAGUUGCUGUGCACAUCCGAUCCAGGUCAUCUCCCACAGCGGAUAAAAUGUGCCAGGACAACCUGAUGGGAGAAAGCAGUGAGUUCAGCCAUUUUGUGAAAGAUCCUUUCUAUGUAGUAGCUGCUGGCACCAGAUCAUUUGGCAGCAAAGAAAGAAGUCAAAAGGAGAAAUCGGCGUUCACACAAUAUCGUCCCCACACUUGCCAUAGCAAUGAGAGUGUCAGCAGCUCGUUCAUACCGAAUGAGAGACAGAAAGCUCCAGAUCUCCUCAGGCACCUCAGCAGGACAUCAGCAUUUGCCUCACCUUCAGCAGAUAUGAAGGGUCAUUUUCUUGAACCUAAGCCGGGCGCCCGGCUCAUUACCCCUUCCAGAUUUGCCUGGUCGCCAUCUAACGGUGCUAACCCCAUGCCAGCUCCCUCAGAUUUCCAGGUUGCCGGUGAAAACCUAGUAACAAGAUGGCACCCCAGACCUGAGAGGGAUGACAUUGUUGAGGGCCAGGUUCCGGAAAGUUCCAACUGCCCACCUAAAGAGCCAGCGGAAGAAAUUACCUGGAGAUGGAAGUCAACGCUGCCUCUAAGGCACCUCCAGCCUACAAUUAAACGGAUCAAAGAUGACGGCUCCUCCAGAAGUGCCAUGCCUUUUCAGACAUCUGGGCAGAAGGCCUUCCAGAGGUGGCAAAGCCUUCCAUCUCAGAACAGCUCCUCUUCUGAGCCAGAGACUCCUUCUGGCCAAAGCAGGCUCUCCCUCCGCAUCUCAGAGUCCUGCCUGCAGGUGUCUCCUCAGGAAGAGGGUGAUGACGAUGUUUUCUUCCAGCCUCGUGUUUUGGAUGCCGCCUAUGAGCUUUCGCCCCCUCCGCCUCCACUCCCCGCUCAGAGCCCCAAUGCUGCUGAAAACUCCAUGGAAGAAUUCCCUCCUCCUCCUGCCGGCAUGCUGGAAGAGAACGAGCCAGCAGUCGGGAACGCUGCCAGCCCUGGAGAGGAGGGAUCUGCACCCAGAAACUUCAAAAGGUUUCCCAGGAACUUUGGUGAGAGAGAGGAAACGGGACCAAACGCCGCCUCCACUGCCAACGCCAAGAGCAGCCGGGCUGCUUCACCGCCCCCUGCCGGAACCUCAGGACCCAAAGCGAAUGGCGUCACGCCUUCCUCGGAAGCACAACAGCCGCCUCUGCCCGUUCAGGGCCUGCCUGGUGAAACUCUUGCCAGCCAGCCUCUCGUGCCUGUCAUCACCAGCAGGGAGCCCGAAAACGGUGUCCUCAGCCCCGAGAGUAACCCAGGGAAGAUGAAGACCCCGGAGGACAUCAAGGACGAGGCUUUGGCAAAGGAGAUCGUCCACAAGGACAAGUCGCUGGCCGACAUCCUGGAUCCCGACUCCAAGAUGAAGACCACCAUGGACUUGAUGGAAGGGAUAUUUCCCAGCGGGCCCAGGAUGCUUCGAGAGAACUCGAAGAGGAAAAUGAUGCAGAAAAGGCCCAACAGCUCUGGCAGUGGCUCUGUCCUGCCCAGUGAUAGCAAGAAAGAUGAGAAAGAAGCUUCUGCCUCAACGCUGGCCUCGUGCUCAGCUUACUACAACGUAUCAGUACCCAAAGCCGAACUCCUGAACAAAAUCAAGGACUUGCCAGAGGAAACAGGUGGCGAUGAAGAGCAGGCGGCAAUCAAUGAGAAAAAGGCUGAACUCAUUGAGAGCUUGUCCCACAAGCUGGAGACCCUGAAAGAAGCCAAGGAGAGCCUGCUGGCAGACAUCAAGCUCAACAAUGCCUUGGGAGAGGAAGUCGAAGCUUUAAUCAGUGGUCUAUGCAAGCCCAAUGAGUUUGAAAAAUACAGAAUGUUCAUCGGAGACCUGGAUAAGGUGGUCAAUCUCUUGCUUUCACUCUCAGGACGCCUCGCUCGGGUGGAGAAUGUUCUUAGCAGCCUCAGUGAGGAUGCGGAUAAUCAAGAACGGAGCUCUCUGAACGAGAAGCGGAAGAUGCUGGCUGGCCAGCACGAAGAUGCCCGCGAGCUGAAGGAGAACCUGGACCGGCGAGAGCACGUGGUCUUGGACAUCCUAUGCAAUUACCUCUCGGGGGAGCAGCUCCGAGACUACCAGCAUUUCGUGAAGAUGAAAUCUGGGCUGCUCAUAGAACAGCGCGAGCUGGACGACAAGAUCAAGCUAGGGCAGGAACAGCUCAAGUGCCUUCUGGAGAGCCUCCCCACGGACUUCGCGCUUAGCAGCAGAAAGGGAGCAGAGCCUCCAACAGCCUCCGGGACCAGCCGACCUCCAGCUCCAGCAUCUUCGCUCUGACCUUUCCAGACGCGGCUGCGUCAAACCUUUUCUUCUCAGAAUUAUUUAAUCAGAAACCUCUUUUAACUUU